CCCAAGGCUUUUAUCGGAGCUAAUUGAAUUCGCCUCUUUCUCAUUCGUCGGAAUUUCGUCGCAUCGCAUCGCUGAACAUCGUCAACUUAUCCCAGUUCGGUAUUUUUUUUUCUUGUUAGACGCAAGCAACCUCCGAUUCCCAUGCUUGUUGGUAACUCUUCGGAAUAGACUAAAGUUGCAAUAAGAGCCUCAUUUUCAUAAAUUCGAUUAUUUAACUGAGUCUUUAUCCCGUCGACGAUUUCUAUCAUCUAUCAACUACUACUAUUUCUGAUGUUUUAGAGCUGAAAUCCCUUUCUCUCUCCGUCCCGCUUUACCACCGAAAUCCCCGAAUCCGAGUCGCACCUCUUAAAACCUCAUCUUGACACAAUGGCGACUCCUAGAACCCUCGCUAGGGGUAUACAGAAGCUUCAAUUCUCCUCUUCCCAGUCUCUGUCCCGACCUGCCUUCUCCACAUAUAGCAAGAUGAGAUCUCGGAUGCCUUCAAUAUGCCAUACCCGAGCGACCACUUCCAUUCUCCGACAAUUUAGCACAUCCCCUUUACGCCAGCACGGGCACAUACAUCCGCCGAAGCCAGGCGAGGAGCUCUACGUGACCUUUGUCGACAAGGAAGGGAAGGAGCACAGGCUCGCGGUCUCCGCGGGAGAUAACCUGCUGGACAUUGCGCAAGCGCACGACCUGGAGAUGGAGGGCGCAUGCGGUGGCUCGUGUGCGUGUUCGACGUGCCACGUCAUAGUCCUGGAUGACGAAUACUACGAGAAGAUGCCCGAGCCCGAAGACGACGAGAACGACAUGCUAGAUCUGGCAUUCGGUUUGACCGAGACGAGCCGGCUGGGUUGCCAGGUGGUUAUGACCAAGGAGCUGGAUGGACUGAGAGUAAAGCUACCCUCCAUGACGAGGAAUCUGCAAGCGAGCGAUUUCAGCUCGAGGUGAUAAAAAUUAUACGAUCCGCUCAAAAUCAAAAAAAAGGCGACGGAUAUACCAGAAAGCAAGCACUAGAGUGUACCAAUACGAUGACAGCUGAGGCAUAGCAUACCGGCGUGCUGGUGGCAUAGCAGCAAUUGGCGACCUGGAUAAGACAGGCAGUCAGCCAUUCGAUAUGAUACGGAUGUACUAUACUCGCGGCAAGAUAGCUAUCUACCUCCUAAUAUAGCUUGGCUCGGAGAUAGGGACGAAGCCCAACUCUUAUUAAG